UGGACGCAGGCCUUCUAUCUGAUCUUCUAUGCUUUGCUUGAACGAAUUGUAGUGUAGAGCUAAUCAAAUUUGGAACAUGAAGUCAGUUUCACUUUUCUUCUUCAUGGCAAUGUUUAUUCGUUUUUAUAGAAGUGAUUGUGUGUACAUGUUAGGGUAGUGUCAUCAUUGACAUUGUGACUGUGUUAUCAAGAUGGAUGACAUUUCCUACAAGUAAACAAAUCAUAAUGGACGUCAACUGUGAGGAAAACACAACAAUAACAAUGUAUAGACUUAAAUCUGGAUAUGAUAAUGGCUCUGGAUGUGUGAAAACUUGUGAUUUAUUUGUUCCUUGUUCUUCUGGAGAAGGUGUGAAUCUUGGGAUUGAUAGCAUAGUUGUUAAAAGUGAACCUACGGCUAGUUCUGGGACUAGAUCUAGAUCUAGUACGGCUACUCUUUGUACUAACAGUUUAAGGGAAGAUGUAAAACAUGACAUUAUAGGUAGGGAAAGUGAAUCUGUGGGUGUUGGUGAGGAACAUCUGUCAGUAAAAGAAGAGUCCAGUUUUGAAUGUCUGUGUGACGCCAAGGCCGAGACAAAUGACAAACUGAACGUUGAAAGUGAAAGUAGCCUGACUCUCAGACACAGUGUAGUAAAAGAUGAGCCUAUCUGUACAGAGGAGGAAGACGUGAAACCUGUCAUUAAACCAGAGUGCCUCACAGAUAUCUGUACGGUGAAAACGGAACCACUAUUUGGACAUUUUCCUGACUUUGGUGAUGAAGUGAAACCAAAAGUGGAGAAUUUUGUGAAAGAAGAAGUGUCAGAAUGGGAAGGUCCAGACUUUGGAGAGGUAGGAAAGACAGAAGGACAAGUGGGAGAUGUGGAGGAUACGUGUACUGAGCCCGUGUCUGUUGAGGAUCACAUGAGUCAGGCUGGAGGACUACAGCUGCAAAUCUCCAAUGUGAAGAGCUUGUGUAUGGAGCAGAGUGCCAGCCCCGACACUGAUGUUGUUGCUUCCAGUAGUCCAACUUCAACUUUCUCUGCCGAUCCAGUCACAAGUUCAGGGUCUGUUGUCAGGACCAGCUGGGAUCACGGUGAAAGUUCUGGAAAACAUCUUAACGGAAGUUCAAAGCAUGAGUCUGGCGGCAAAAGUCGUAUGUCUUGUGAUAGUAAACAGUCCAUGGGACAAGGUCCCGAUUUCAACCUUUCUUGUGCUAAGUCUUUUGCCAGUUGUAUAAAUUCUACGGAAUCUUCUAGUACCACACCCCCAAAAGUGUAUAAAGAGAUGGGCGCUGGUUGCCAAGAUGUUCCAAGGUCUCUGGUCAGGGAAAGCAGAUACUCAGGAGAACAACCUCACAAGUGUAAUGUCUGUCUUGAGAUGUUUACAGAACUAGGUGACCUACAGAGACACAAAAGAACUCACUCAAGAGAUAGGCCUUACAAGUGUGAAGUUUGUGGUACCACAUUUACUUGUAGCAGAAAUUUACAGAGACACAAAAGAAUACACACAGGAGAAAAACCUUACAAGUGUGAAGUUUGUGGUGUCACAUUUAUAUGUAACAAUAGUCUACAGAGACACAAAAGAACACACACAGGAGAAAAACCUUACAAGUGUAAAGUUUGUGAUGCCACGUUUACACAGGGUAGCAAUCUACAGAUUCACAAAAGAACACAUACGGGAGAAAAACCUUUCAAGUGUGAAGUUUGUGGUGCCACAUUUACACAGGGUAGCAAUCUACAGGGUCACAAAAGAACACAUACAGGAGAAAAACCUUACAAGUGUGAAGUUUGUAGUUUUACGUUUGCACAGAAGAGCGAUCUACAACGUCACAAAAGAACACACACUGGAGAAAAACCUUGCCAGUGUGAAGUUUGUGGUGCCGCGUUUACUCGCAGUAGCAAUCUACAGAGUCACAAAAGAACACACACAAGAGAAAAGCCUUUCAAGUGUGAAGUUUGUGGUGCCACGUUUACUCGCAGUAGCAAUCUACAGAGUCACAAAAGAACACAUACAGGAGAAAAACCUUACAAGUGUGAAGUUUGUGGUGUCACGUCUGCACGCAAGAGGGAUCUACAGCGUCACAAAAGAACACACACUGGAGAAAAACCUUGCAAGUGUGAAGUUUGUGGUGCCAGGUUUGCACAGGGUAUCAGUCUACAGUAUCACAAAAGAAUACACACAGGAGAAAAACCUUUCAAGUGUGAAGUUUGUGGUGCCACGUUUACUCGCAGUAGCAAUCUACAGAGUCACAAAAGAACACAUACAGGAGAAAAACCUUACAAGUGUGAAUUUUGUGGUUUUACGUUUGCACAGAAGAGCGAUCUACAACGUCACAAAAGAACACACACUAGAGAAAAACCUUGCCAGUGUGAAGUUUGUGGUGCCGCGUUUACUCGCAGUAGCAAUCUACAGAGUCACAAAAGAACACAUACAGGAGAAAAACCUUACAAGUGUGAAGUUUGUGGUGUCACGUCUGCACGCAAGAUGGAUCUGCAGCGUCACAAAAGAACACACACUGGAGAAAAACCUUGUAAGUGUGAAGUUUGUGGUGCCAUGUUUACACGCAGUAGUGGUCUACAGCAUCACUAAAGAACACACACUGGAGAAAAACCUUACAAGUGUGAAGUUUGUGGUGCCAUGUUUACACGCAGUAGUGGUCUACAGCGUCACAAAAGAACACACACUGGAGAAAAACACCAAUGACGAGCCUGCAAGAUGGUGCUCCCGCCAGUUGUUGCCGAGGGAUGUCAGUCUACCAACCGACAAACCAAGACGACAGCUGCAGAAGGCGUCGACCCACCUGGAACACUAGGACCUCAACAACCAGCCCGGGUUUUUCCUUGGCGGCCAGCAUAACCCGGCCUGGCUGGCCCGCUUGCUGAUUUUGGCCGGGGACGUGGAGCAGAAUCCGGGACCCCGCUGGCCCUGUGGAGUAUGUGGCGACAGUGUCAACCCAGUAUCACAACAGACAGCCAAGAACAUCAUCAAAUGCAACUCCAGGGAACAGUGGCUGAAUGGAUGG